AUGGCAAUCUACGUUCGCCAAAACGAGAAAGAUUCGACACAGCUAACAGUAAAUCCAUGGUUUGUCCGUACUUGUUCGAAUAGACACGAUGCUUGUCGAAUCCUUGAAUCCUGUCGUACGAUCGAAAAUGGGAAUUUCCUUGUUCGCAAGAGUGAAAACAGCGAUACACAAUAUGCAAUAACACUUUGGUUUGAUAAGCAAAUAACACAUGUUCGCAUCAAUCAAGUCGAUGACAAUCAAUAUCAACUCGAAUACAAUCCGAAAGCAAAUUCGUCUGUUCCGGUGUUUUCAACGAUCAAAGAUUUAAUCAAGUUUUAUACCGAACAUGAAAUGAAACUGACAGGACAUUGUCAAGGAUUUGUUAAGCUUAAAUUUAAUCCAGAUCUGUUUAAAUAUUGA